CCUGCUAUCGUCUAUCAAGGAAACCACUUUGUGAGGCCCAACAAAUGCCCUGCCGAUUACGUGGGGCUCAACCUGAAGACGCCAAGACUGAAUGCCAUUCACCAUCAUCUCUGGCUUGCUGGCUUGCCGAAUGCUGCCAGGCCCUUGCACAGACAGAGACUUCUCGGCCGCAGCAUACUAGUCACCGAGGAUCCAGACGAGCAUCUUGUCUGGUUCGAAACUCAGAUCUUCAUCAAGCCACUGCCACUCUACUUGCUUGACUACGACUACUGGAGCAAGCAUCUAUGUUCUGAUGGGGAUCUCCACCGGUCCGCAUGUGGGCUUCUACUCUCCUAUGCCUGGCUCGUGUGCCACGAAAGCGACCUCGUGAUGGCACAGGAGGUUGGCCUGCUGUCGAAGGAUAUCACAUGGCCAAACUGGGUGGAGUUCCUGGACACCUUUCUUGACAACAUCAACCUAGUCACGUUGAGCGAAGUCAGUACGCGCUACAAGUAUGGAGAACUACGAUUGAGUCGACUCAAUACCAUCUACAGGCUUAUGCCCCCUGCACACUCGCUGAGGAACUUGAUUCGGGGAUACAGAGCGGGAUCGACCUGGUACAAUGCUUUCUUUGGACGCCAUUUCAAAUGGACCCUAGCUGUAUUCGCUGUGCUCUCUGUCUUGCUUUCGGCGCUCCAGGUUGGCCUUGCGACGUCGGUGCUACAGAAUAACCGUGACUUCCAACGGGCUUCGUAUGGCUUCACUAUAGCUGCAUUAGUUGCUGUUGUAGCUAGUGCAGUCACCAUGUUUCUCGUCUGGCUGGUGUUAUUC